ACGUGAAUGCAGCAUACAAUUCACUGGCGCUUGCUCCUAUUCUCAUACGUAAGCUCAUAAACCGGGGAAAAUGGCUACGACCAUGUCUUGGAGAGCAUAUCUUCUCGUUCAUUUAGUAAUAUUUUCAUGGUAUAUCUUUACGUUAUCCGCGAAUUGUUCAUUGAAAAGCCACCCAGGAGCAAAAUCAUAUGGAGGCCGCUGGAAAUAUCUGACUUUCCUUAAUCUGGUUUUACAGACGUUGUUCUUCGGACUCGUUGUUUUGAUUGACAUCAUCCAUCUGAUAUUGCCAUCCAAAAAUUUAAGAUGUGGUGUACCUCUUUUCCUAGUGAAAUUAAGAGACACCAUUUUCACAAUUUUAGCCUUUCCUUUAGGGGCAUUUGUGUUUUUGUCUUUCUGGUCGAUAUAUCACUAUGACAGAGAGCUGGUCUACCCCAAGAUUCUAGAUGAUAUUAUUCCUAUCUGGCUGAACCAUGCUCUGCACACCGUCAUCCUGCCCUUGGCGUUGUUGCAAAUGUAUAUUCAGCCUCACAGAUACGGCAGCAAGAUGAGAGGCAUCCUGGGUCUGGCUACGUUCUCCGCUCUAUAUCUGGGAUGGGUUUUGUGGGUGCACUAUUCGGCUGGUAUCUGGGUCUACCCCAUCAUGGAACGUCUGAGUCCCGUGUCCCUGGUAAUAUUCUUGGGUGUGGCCUGCGUCUCCAUGGCGCCCCUCUACCUGCUGGGUGAGAAAAUCAACAAUAAGAUCUGGAGGAGCCCUGCAGCAUCUACAGGGCCUCAGAAGAAGAAGAAGAGGUAGAAGUGUGCUGGCUUGUAAGCUGAGCACCACAGAGGAGACCAGAGGGCUUAGCGAUGAGAUCACAAGAGCAUGGACAGAAAGGACACAAAAAAGCCCGACACGGAUCACCUUGACCAGGAGAGACUGGUGGAUGUCCCGGUGGAGGUAGAAGUUGCCCCUAACAACAGAUUUAGAAUCUGAUUAGCUUGAACUCUGUUGUAAUUUUAACCAUUGGAAUAAAAACUAAAUGAUCUGUUUGGGUAUUAGCAGUUAGAGGCAACUUGUACCUACUCUGUAUCUCUCAGGCAGAUCUCAGGCAGUGGGUGUAAUAACACUUUGAUGGUCAGCAGCCAAAUUGUUUUUAUUAUAUUGAAAAAAAAAAUAGACUUGAUUUUCCUUAUCCUGUUAGCAGUCAGUGGACAAUUUGAUGAAUCUAUGCUGUAGUUACGUUCCCCUGGCAGUUUCCAAAUGUAAACCUUUUUGCAUUUAUUAACACAUCUCAUUCAGGUUAAGUGUGAUUUUGUCACAAAUGCUAAAAUGUUAGCAACUGCCAGGGAAACAUAACUAAACCAAUGUGUCGUUUUGUAAUUUGGAUGACCUAUCCCUUAUCACGUUUGUCUGUAUUGGUUGAGUUAACCAAUAUUGUUGUGUCACCCUUAGCACUUAUGUAGAAAAACCCUACAGAACAAUAGAGGUGUCAUUUUUGUGUCCAUUUCCGUUAUGGUAGUGGUUGCAGAUCCAACCUUUUCUGGAUAUUUAGUCUCACGAAGCUAAGAGUUCUAGAGAUUCCUGAAUCUUUGGAUUUAUUUCUGGUCAUGUGUUCUUUGUCAAAUGUCCUCUGCUAGUAGAACUAUUUUGGUGAAGGCGGGCAGUAUUUCAAGCUCCGUCGGUGGCUGUGUUCAAAAAAAUCGAAAUGACUGAGGCCAACUGACAAUUAACUGACCUACAGAUCACCUUGCAUCAUAAAGACAACUAAAUAUGUGUAGAUCAGUCAGUUAUAAGUUAGCCAUAAUACAUUUGAAGGUGAACUGUGUAGAAUCCUGCCUCAAACAUUUAUACAGAAUCUUUAACACUGACACGACUUCUCUCCUCCCUUCCCAUACUGAUUGAGGUUGGAAUAGUAUUAGCUAGUACAGGUUGUUUUAGGGUGGGGAAAGAGUACUGCAAGUAUGAGGAGACAAAAGUCAAAGAAAACAAAUAGAAGGGCCAGAGAGAACAUUUUAAAUGGGGAAUAUUUCAGGCAAUUAAAUAUUUUGCUGAAAAAUAUAUUUUAAAUAUUAACUGCAGAUGUGUUCUGUUCAUUUAUUCUAGUAUUUAUGCCACUAGUACCAUAAAAGUCAUAUGUCCCCUGUAAAAUUAGGUCCACUCAUACACAGCCUUAUUUACAAGAUCACAUUGAUUACAGUACUCUAAACUCAAAUGUAAUGGUGUAAUAAACCAUAAUAGUGAGACAGAAACACCAUCUUGUUCAAAUGUGAAAGGUAAGUUUUACCGCCUCCAAGACAUUUUUUGAGUACGUUGUCUGGGCGACUAAAGAUCCUGAAAAUGUUGAAUCCGCAGCCACUCGGUUAUUUACCCUGAUGCUGCUUCACUUGAUAUAGUACUGUUGGUUGUGAAAGGGACAGUUACUUAAUGUGCACUUGAUGUUUUACCCUUUGAAUUUAUGCUUUGAUGCAAAAGCUCACUUUUAGAAGAUCAUAGAAUUCAAUGUGACUUAGAGGGAGGCAAGACCAUGGUAAGAUUGAAAUUAAAAGAUUUUAAUUA